CCCGCGGGCUGCCCACGUCAGGGCAGACCCGUCACGGCCCUCCCGCAUCCCCGCCCGGCAUAUAUAGGGGAGGCGGGGGUGAUCCGGGCAGCGGGGCUUGGCGGGGCCAUGGCUCUCGCAGCGCUGCGGGGCCCCCCGCGCCCCCCGGCGCCGCUGGCGCUGCUGUGGCUGCUGCUCUGCGCCUCGGGGCACGCCGGCGGCCGCCUCCUCACGGUGGCUGAUCUCUUCGACCGGGUGAUCCGGCAUUCGGGCAGGAUUCACAGCCUCUCCACGGCGCUCUACGCCGAGCUGGAAAAGCGCUUUCCUCCCCGUGACAACGAGCUGGGGAAGCCGUCUCGGAAGUGCCACACUUCGGGGAUGCCGACCCCCAACGGUAAAGAAUACGCCCAGAAGAUCCCGAGAGAAGAACUAACUCACUUAAUACUGAAACUUUUGCAAGCCUGGAAAGAACCACUUUCUCACUUUAACCAGCAUAUUGAGCAUCAUCAAGAGCUUCCUGAUGACAGCCUUAGCAAAGCUAAGCAAAUCAGCAAUAUGGUACAUGAGCUGAAGACUGGAGUUGAGAAAGUAACAGAAAAGAUGCAGUCAAUGGGGAUCAUCAGCAAUUCAUUAAAUGGGAUGGAAUCAUCUGAAGCUGCUGGUUUAUCAAAUAGUAAUGAAGCAAACAUGAUGAGUGACUCUGACUUCAUUCACUGCUUCAGGAGAGACUCCAAUAAAGUACAAAGCUACUUAAAAAUCCUUAAAUGUAGGAUCAUGCCAGAAAAUAGUUGCUGAGUUGUAAUCUCUUGACAAGUAGUCUUCAGCAUGUUGUUUAUAAAGAUGAAAACAUAGAACUAUCACAUUUACAGUAAUUUUAAUAGGAAAGUGGGUUUGAAAUUUUUUGGCAGCUACUUGACACAGUUGAUCUAUGCAGAUGAAAUAUUAAAGCAUCAUGUGUGUAUGUGGGUUAAUGCACCAGAUAAAAAGGAGUAGCAGUAGAUAAAUAAAUGUCCUUGCACAUUACUCUGUGAUGGACUAUAUUAUGGCUGAUUCACUCUGCUGAACAUUGCUUAACACUGAAGAGUGGUAUUGCUGUCAAUCAGUUCAUGUAACUGCAGGGCCCAAGGUAGACUUUUAUGUUCACCUAAUACUUAUUAAUUAAUUUCUCUAGUCUUUUACAAAUGCCCCAGAAGAUCUAGUUCCUAGCACUUUUAUUCAUUUUCAAUGCUCUUUUAUACCUGUAAUGGCUUUGUUGAUUUCAUGGAAACCCCUAAAGAAAAAGUUUCUAUCUGCAAGGUAAGUCUGGUCCAAAUACUAUUUCAGAGGGAGGGCUGAAUAUGGCUGAUGUAGCGAUAAGUCUCUUUCCCAUAACAAGUGCUGACCCAGGGCCUGAGUUUGACAGUAAUGAUGACAAACUCCAGAGCAAAUAAAAAUCUGAAAGCUGUCAGAUAUUUGCCAGCAAUCACAUUAUCCUAGCAGUGGCAUAGUGCUGGUAGCUGUUCAUAGAACAAAGCAUCUUUGCAUUCAGAUCCUAAAUGAGCCAUUUGAGCAGGCAUUUAUAAUCAACAUGGAUUUAACUUUAAUAUUCUUGACUUGUUUCAUCCCUGAAUGCUGUUUUUUGGCCUCCUCUGAUCUUGAUGCUUGUUCACAGUAGCUGGAGCUUGGGCUGCCAAGAAUGGAGAGUAAAAUGCUAAUGAUUAUUUUAAAAGUUAUACUGGAUUUGGGUUUGAGAUGCUCAGCAGGAAAAUGUUUCAAAGAAACAUUUAUGCAGAACAGAGGUACAGCCUUUUCAGAUAAAUCUCUGUAACUUCCAAUAUCCUUAGAUAUCUACCAUUUAGCAGGCAGCUGAUGUCCUUUCUCAGCUAGAAGCCAUCAGUGUUCACAAUUCAUACUUGAUUGCUGAUAUGCCCAGUAUAGUGGAACUGCAAGGGGUUAUAUGGUGCCUGCCCUCAAGUUACUAGCUGCAAUUCCUUAAGCAGUACACAUAACAUAACUACAGACACAUAACGAAACAAUAGCGGUAAUGUGCAGAUUUUGAAGAAAUUCUGCAAACAAAACAGCUCCAAAUAGAGUAAAAGGCUCCUCUGGGCAAACACAGUCACAGUAGAUGAUAGAAUCAUAGAAUAGUUUGGGUUUGAAGGGACCUUAGAACAUCCAGUUCCAACC